UAUUUGAGAAGCCUGCUGAUUCACUUGAUGGCACUUCACACAGUGAAUUAAUAACAAAAACUCCAUCAAAGAGCAGGACUAGUAUUCUCUAUAACUUUUCUUCUGAUUAUAUACUCAGGGAGCAGUAUAGGAACCCUUGGAAUGAGGUCAGGAUGGGAAAGUUGGUUGAAGAUCUCGAUGCUCUUGCUGGAACCAUUUCCUACAAGUAGUUCACUUGUUGACCAGCACUGCUGCAAUGAGGAUGGCACAACAAGGCCUCUUUUGUUGGUCACUGCUUCUGUUGACAGGAUGGUUCUGAAAAAACCAAUACGUGUUGAUGCCGAUCUGAAAAUAGUUGGUGCUGUUACAUGGGUUGGGCGGUCAUCCAUGGAGAUUCAGUUGGAGGUGAUUCAGUCAACAGAAGGGACCUCCGAUCCUUCAGACUCUCUUGCUCUUAUGGCAAAUUUCACAUUUGUGGCUCGUGACUCAAAUACAGGAAAAUCAGCUCCUGUUAACCAAAUCUCACCUGAAACUUUACAAGAAAAAUUGUUUUGGGAAGAAGCAGAAGAAAGAAACAAAACAAGGAAAAAGAAGCGAACAGAAAAUAAAAAAGAUACCAAGUCUGAGAAUAGAUACAUGGAAAGACUCAAUGCAUUGCUAGCUGAAGGACGGGUCUUCUGUGACAUGCCAGCAUUGGCAGACAGAGAUAGCAUUCUUAUACAGGAUACUUGCCAUCAGAACUCUUUGAUCUGUCAACCACAGCAAAGGAAUAUUCAUGGUCGCAUCUUUGGAGGAUUUUUGAUGCGCAAAGCAUUUGAGCUGGCCUUUUCUAAUGCUUAUGCAUUUGCUGGUGCAGCACCACGCUUUGUUGAAGUUGAUCAUGUUGAUUUCUUUAAACCAGUGGAUGUUGGAAAUUUUCUUCGUUUGAAGUCUUGCAUUUUGUACACAGAGCUUGAGGACCCAGCUAAACCUGUGAUCAAUGUGGAAGUUGUAGCUCAUGUUACAAGGCCUGAACUAAGGUCCAGUGAGGUAUCUAACAAGUUCUAUUUAACAUUUACUGUCCGUCCUGAGGCCAUGAGAGAUGGAUUAAGGAUCCGGAAUGUUGUUCCAGCUACAGAAGAAGAAGCACGUCGAGUGCUUGAACGUAUGGAUGCUGAGAAUUCCCAGAUUUCAAAAUCAUGAAAAUAGAUUCACUCACUCAGUUGCUUCAACAAUUGAGAAGUGCAAUUGAAAUGCUUAGCGCUUUGGUUAAAUUAACAGAAACUUCUCAAUCGUGUUUCUCUUGUAAAUUUUUUCUUCACUUCACCAAAGUGAAUCUCUCCGUCAAUGAGUUUUAACUCAAUGGUAAUAGGGUCAUCUCCAGAAUAGUAAGCUCUCAAGUUCCAGUCAAGUGAAUUCUCUCCCUCAGAACUGGGAUGCACCAAAUAAAACUAAUUUGAUUGCA